AUGAUGAGGCGGUUCACAAAUCAAAGGAAUCUGCAUCGACCCGCGGUAACUAGGUUUGCGACUUCUUUUAUAACUCUUUCACAGUUCCACAAACAAAAGAAUAAUUUGAGAAAGAUGAUUACGUCACAAGAGUGGAAUGGAUCAAAAUGGUCAAAAGAGGCGGGGGGAAGGAAAAUGGCAGGAUUUCUUUUGCAAGAUUCCUUUUGGAGAAAUAUGUUAUAUUCUCUCAAGUUAACUGCACCUCUUGUUAAGGUUCUUAGGAUUAUUGAUGGGGAGAGAAAACCGUCAAUGGGUUAUAUGUAUGGAGCUAUGGAUAAGGCUAAAGAAGCUAUUGCUACAAAUUUUGGUUCCGAUGAUGAGCAAUAUAAGGUAGCAUUUGAGUAUAUUGAUAAGAGAUGGGACUGCCAACUUCACCGACCUUUGCAUGCUGCCGGCUAUUUUCUAAACCCAAGUCUUCAUUAUGGUAAUCCAGAUUCUAAUUGUGAAGAGGUUAUGAAGGGUGUAUUUGAAUGCAUUGCUAGAUUAUCUCGUACCGCUGAAAUGGAAGACAAGAUUAUAACAGAAAUGGACACAUAUAAAUCAGCGGAGGGUCUUUUCGGUCUACCUGCGGCCAUUAGAUCAAGGAGCACACGUUCUCCAGCAAAGUGGUGGUCUUCUUUCGGAUCUUCGACUCCUAAUCUUCAAAAGUUCGCCAUAAAAAUCCUCAGCCUCACUUGUAGUGCUACAGGUUGUGAGAGAAAUUGGGGUAUUUUUCAACAUAUUCACACCAAGAAGAGAAACAGAUUACUACAAAGUCGGCUCAAUGACUUGGUUUUCAUUAAAUACAAUCGUGCUUUGCAACGCCGAUACAAAAUGGAAAACACACGUGAUCCCAUUCUUUUGGAUGAAAUUGAUGAAAGCAGUGAAUGGUUACUUGGAAGAAUGGAAGGCAACUCAGAUGACGAUGAUUUUGUGUUUGAUGAUGAUGAUAGCCUCACGUGGAGUCAAGUUGGUAGGAUAGCAGGGGCUUACGAUCCGAGUUAUAAUACUAGGCGUUCAAGUUCAACAAAUGCACAAGAUGGUCCCGCUCUUUCCUCCCGGAUGAAUAAAAGAAAGAGUAUAGCUAUUGAGAACACUUUGACAUUGAUGGAUGAGGAAGAAGAAGAAGAUAUUGGUAAAGACAAUGAUUACGACGAAGAUGAAUGUUAUGAUCAUAUUGAUCUUGAUUAG